UCAUGAAAGCGGCCGAUACGACCAUAGCUCGUUGUUAUGUCUUGUCUCAGCUACUCCGUAUAUAUUUAAAGACUACAAAAUAAUAUAAUCGCCAUGUUCAUGAAUGAAAAGCACAUGGUGAACGUUCUAUAGACAGAGCUCCCAAUGCUUCUUGUUCGGGCAAGAGUGGUUAAUCGCAUGUACAUACGAGACGCAGAUGCAGGUACGUGCACAUGUUGCUCCGACGCCCAGGCAUGUCAUAUUUUCUCUUGGAUUCUCUCAUCAUUUUUCCGUAGGCAUAUCUCUCGUCAAAUGUUUGCCCAUUCACCAAGUAAUGAUGAUGCAUCUCUUCAAAGCCGCUGUUCACACGUCACGCCAAGUUUUUUUCCGAAGGAUUUAAAGCCCGGCCUAGCUGCAAAACUGGGAACCGCAGCCAGAUUAAUUAAUUUGCAACGACACCAUCGCUGUUGGGCUCGUGUCAAUCCAUGCAACACCAUGUCAGCGCCAGCGAAUAACAGCCCGCCAUUGGCCACACCAACGGUCGACUAUGACCUCAUUCAUUCGAUGCUGAAGCAGCGCUGCCCGACUCUGUCUGCAAAUCAUGACAUCCAUCAGAGCACUGCGAAUACCGGGCAUUUUGGGCAGUUCUUGGGGGGGGUUUUUUUGGCUGGCAGGCGCAAAAUACAGGGGGGUCGUAUGAAUGACAACUCUUCGCUUAACGCCGGCUGCCCUGUUUAGACAGGCGAUGUCGCUGCCGCAAACCACGGCUUUGUGAUGCCGUGAUCGGGACCAUCUCCAGUUGGACGAGGCAAACCGGCUUUUUGGUCGUGAAGAAUGGCGUAUGUCCUGCUGGCGACCGGGGUCAUGUGUGCUACGUAUGACGAUGGGACCGAGAUGGUGUUGUUGAUCAGUGACCAUGGGCGAGCGCUG